UUGAAGUAAAAAAGCAGUUUUUUUUUCUCGUGGGUAAUCAACGAACAUCAGAUAAGUUUUUUAAUCCUAUUAUAUCUUGUUCAUUUAUUUGUCAAUAAAUAUUAUUUUAUUUGCAUUGUUUGUGUUAUAUUUUUAUUACGAGAUUUAUUUAUCAUUAUGUAUUCUACUGAAAGGGAAAUUUUAAAACUAUGGAUUGAAUGGGAUGAUAGUUGGGAAAAUGAGUGUAACUUUCCAUUCGUUAAGCGAUUAAUUAGCAUUGACAAAAUGACUAACAAUGUAAUUUCAAUUUUAAUGUCAGUUUUUAAGUCAAAAGCAUUGUUUAGUUUAAUGAGCUUUAUAUUGCCAAUUGAUUUUAAUUUGCCUAGUUUUGAUGAGUUCGAUAAUAUGUGCCAAAAUUUGAUACGCAAAAAAAAAAAAAAUUUAUUUUAAUUUUAAAGCUUCAAAAAACGAAGCUAUUUUUAAAAAGCAACUGUCUCCGGCUCUACAAAAAAAAAAAAAAAAGUCAGCAGAUGCAGAUGAUUUUUUAUUUUUAAAUAGGAAUAAGGAACUAAGUAGUCAAGUUUACCAAUAGACCAAUUUCAUGUGAUGUAUAAAGCAAAAUGUAAACAAUAUGCGUGCGCAUACUGGCAGGCAAAACAAUUUUAAAUAUCGUUUUAACUAUUGUCAACAUUACUACAUUACAACACAACAUUUAAAAUAUUAAAAUCAUAUUUAUCAUUAAAUAAAUAAUGAAUAUUGUUAGCGUGAUUGAGUUAAAUCCGGAAAAUUUUAAUGAAAGUGUUUGGCAGAAAGACAUUACAAAGUUGCCUGACAUUACUUGGAGAGACGUGAUAACUUUUCUCAUCGACACUCCUAGUGAGUUUACAAAAGAAAAUACUAAGGCAUACAAGUCAUUGGAAGCAUAUAAAACAUAUUUUUUGUGUGCCCACGUGCAAGAUUGUUUGUAUGCUCCAAGUAUCAAUGAAGUUUAUUGUUUUAUAAAAACUAAGGUUCUUCCAAGCCAGAGAGUUAGCAUAAAGAGUUGCAUGUAUGACGUAUGGAUUUGUCUUCACAAAGACGGGUGGAUUAAAAGAGCCCGCUGCACUUGUCUAGUAGGACUAGGUUCAGUCUGUUCACAUAUUGCAGCUCUAUUUUUUAAACUUGAGGCUGCUGUGCACCACCGAUUAAAUAGAGAGGAUGCAUCUACAAGUCAGCUUUGUUUAUGGAAUACCUCAAAACGCAGUGUCAAUGCAACACCAUUAAGCGCAAUGAAUUUUAGCACAAAUAAAAAAAGGGGAGAGUUACCCUCAUUUAAUAAUCUUGUUCAUAAAAAAAAAAUAAAAAGCAUAAGAGCAUCAACCAUGUUUAAAGUAAAUGGAAACUACUCGUAUAUUGAUCCAUCACAUUGCAUAUCAGUAAGCGACUUUAACAAUUUACGUGAAUCCAAUCCUAAAGCUGUUAUAUUUACUAGCUUAGAUUGUAAUAGCAAUCAGAAAUCAAGUGAUACUGAGUCAGGUUCAGAAGAUGAGACAAGUUGUUUACCAGAACCUAUAACUAGUUUGUUUGAUCCUACUUGCAAUAAUUCAACUGAAUUCCAGCUUUUAAAACAUUCCAAGCAACUAUAUAAAGACUUUAGCCAAACAUAUUUUGAAAAACAAUAUGAUCAACUUGCGAAAGUAACAUAUCAGCAAAAUCAGUCAUCAGCUUGGCAGGUUCAUCGUGCAGGAAGAAUUACAGCUUCAAUAUGUUUUAAUGUAUUUCACACAAAUAAAGAUGUUUUGAGUGAAUCUCUCAUACAAGAAAUCAUGCAAUAUAAAAAAGAAUUUAAGACCAAAUUCACACAAUAUGGUAAAAAAAUGGAAUGUUUUGCUAAAAAUACUUUUUGUGAAAUCCAGUUAAAGAAGCAUAACAAUUUUGUGUUUGUUGACUCUGGUUUUCAUGUUAUGGUUGAUCUACCUUUUUUAGGAGCAACUCCUGAUGAAAUAUUUACUUGUUCUUGCCAUGGAAAAGGUAUUUUAGAGAUAAAGUGUCCAUUUAAUUAUAAAAAUGGUUUUAUUAACUGGCAAAGUGAUGAGAAAUUUCCUCUUAACAGUGAUGGUCUGUUAAUCAAAUCAUCCUUAUUUUUUCCAAAUGCAGUUACAAAUGUUUGUUUGCAAAGUUACCUUUGGUGAGUUUUUUAUGUGGUCCCCAGUUAAGCAGAACAAUUAUUUACAAUGCACUGUACAGCGUGAUGAUGCAUUUCUUGAAGUAGUUGUUGAUAUUUUGACUAAGUAUUUUUUUAAUGUUAUUUUGCUAGAAAUUGUCAGCAGAAAAAGGGAUGUAAGCUUUCAACAUCGAAAGCAAUAUUUUUUUUGCAUGAAACCUGAAUUUGGACUUAUGCUUCCAUGCAGUAAUAUAGAAUGUGCCAAAAAAUGGUUUCAUUACUCAUGUGUAAAUGUUACAAGGAAACCCAAAGGCUCCUGGUUCUGUCCUCAAUGUAGGGAUUAAUUACAGUAUUUUUUAUUAACAAUACCUUUUAGUGAUAACAAAUGAUUAUGUUAUAGUAAUGUAUUAUAUUUUUACUAGAAAUGGUAAUAUAACAAACUAGACAAAUUCAAUGUUAUUUAUUACAUUAUCAAACAGUAUGCACUAUUUGAUUAUUGGUUACCCAUAAAUUAUAUUUAUAUGUUAUAGUAUAUUUUUUACAAAUAUUCUUGAGU